GCCGUUUUUACGAGUGAAAAAUAAGUCUUGAAUCACUGAUAUUACACAGAUCAGUGGUCUGAAUCAAGGGCCUGAUCUACAUGAAUACACCGAUUGUCAUUGGUUGCAGGGUUGCCCAAGAUCGAUCAAUCGAUGAACUCCAGUGAUGAACUCUUAGGCCGUGUUCGUAAAUUGACUGCCAGUACUAAAAAUUCCCCAAGACAGAGACAGAGCUGUUCAUGAACUCGGCAGCACAAAAGAGAUCAAAGAUUGCUGACAGUACUGUUAGUCAAUUUUCCAAAAAGUUUAUGAGCAGGUUUAUAUUGGAUAUUCUUUUCUUUCAAUUACGAAAAACGAGAAGAUUUAAAAAUCAAGCAUAGUCAUGAUACUUUAACCAACUUGAAGACAAUAACACAGGAAUUAAAGGCAUAAAUAUAAUCGGCUGAGGUAGAAUUCCGCGUCAAACAAUUGAUUACUCAUACGACUGUAUUAGGUCAUCGAAAUUGACGUUGCGACAUGUGCACAUGUGAAUCAUAAACGUUUCGUGCUUUCUCAGUAUAAAUAAACACCUUUGGCAAGUACAUACACAAAAAUGGGUCAGCUUCAAAGCAUGAUGUAUGAAACACGAGUCAAGUUUGAUGAGAACAGCGACAAUGGUUUGGUAUUAACGGACAGAUACUUACCUGAAGAGUUAUUGAGUGAGAUAUUGUUUCACGUCGAUCAUAAGACACUGUUGAAUUGUCAACUGGUUUGCAAGCGGUGGCAAUUGGCUUUGCAAAAUUAUGUAUGGAGGAAGAAAGCGGAAGCUGUAAUCGGACAACAUCUCGACAUCAAUGAAGAAACAUCUUGGUUCCUUUACUACAAUAUCUGCUCUAAAAAAUUCUUGGAGAAAAACUUAAUCAAGAAUCAUUCGGGAAAAAAUGGGCCAAGAAAGCAUUGGAAGGUAAUAACUGAAAAUGGGGAUAAUUGGGGAGUAGAAUGUCCUCCCAUCGGUGCCCCUCCGCUGCCCAUUUCUGAGCCAAUUUUUGAGGGGAAGCAACAUUGCUUUGUUACAUCCUACUAUAAUUGUAGCAAGCAACAAACCAUAGAUUUGAUUGCCGAGGGAGUGCCACCACAACUACUAGAAAUAUUUCAACCGCCAAUUGUCGUCAGCGAGUGGUACUGCUCCAGAGAAGAUUGCCCAGCUGCAUAUGAAUUUUCGGCUACAUUGAUCGAUGAUUCUGGGAACAUUAUGGAUACUACUGAAUUCCGCGAUACCCUUGAAAAUGAGAGGCAAAACACAUGGUUUUACAUCGAACACGAAUUCACCAAUUAUGGGCCUGGAUUGAGGAAGGUGAUCUUUCAGCAUGCAGGUAUAGACAGGAGGUUUUGGUCAGGACAUUAUGGCAGUAAAAUGGCUGGUGCAUGCGUUAAAGUAAACCUUCCGAAACACAAGUCUAUGAAAAUUAGAGAAACAGGAGACAGCCAAAAUGGCUAGCGCUUGUGUUGAAGUCAACGUUCCGAAACACAAGUCUAUAAAGAUUAGAGAAAGAGGAGAUCCUUUGUCAUACUUAAAAUAACGGUAGCUAGCCAGUGUUACAAGAAACAGGCUUUGCAUGUAUUUUUCUACAAACACAUAACUAUUACUUCAAACCCAAGUAAAAAUUAAAGUAAACUUUUGAUCAUCUGGAAAGAUAUUGUCCAGAUGCUGUUUAUCACCGGUGUGCCAUUUUUGGCUAGUCAUAUAAAGUGUUUCAAUUGUUUUUGGCACUAGAAAUAUAUUCAAUUAUUGAUCCAAUCGGACCAAUGUCUUUGCAGUAUAUAUUCAAUUGUUUGAAAAUUAAAUUAUAUACCACUCAAAGCUUACCAAACACUGGCCAUAAACAGUAGCUCUGCGCUCGUAAAAUUAUCUUUCAAGUGAUUCUACUUUAAUAUGAAUUUAAUUUAAGGUAAUCUUAGAUUAUCAAAUUAUUGAACCAGCAUUCUGUGUUUACAUAAUCGUUUACGUUUUAAGCCAUCGGAAUUUUUAUUACUUUCAAUCAGUAACUCAAAUUUCACAGCGUGACUAAAGACUGCAAAACAAAAUUGAUUGUCACUGAAUUGACUAAAAAAUUGUGGAUUCAUAUGGCUAGAAGGGCAAUCGCUCGAUCGUGUUCACAACUUUAAUGUGUAAAUAUACAAAUAAUUAUGCCUAGAUCUAUACAGUAUUUACGAAAAUGAUAUUUAAUUACGUCUGCUAAUGAGAAUGGUGAAUGGCACGAAUUGGAAUACAAUCGUUUCCUGCGUCCAACUCUCCAAUUUCUUACCUCAAGUUUUUAAAUUGUUAGUGAGAAAAUAAAAAACUUAUAGAUCUGUUCA